UCAAAUUCUAGUUAGGUGAACUAUAUAUUGAGGAGCAUACCUGUCCAUGUCCAGCUGAUCUGAAGCGGUGCCGCCAGUGUUCGUCCAGUCCAUCCCUAACACGUGAGAGUUCCAACAACAUGAAAGUUUACGCUAUGGAGUGUCUGGUGCUAGUGCUCCUUGUCAUGACCGUGACGACCGUCUUAUCUAGAGCACACGGCGGUCAUGGGGGUGGACACGGUGGCGGCGGUCAUGGAGGUGGUCACGGUGGGGGCGGCAAACAUGGAGGUGGUCACGGUGGCGGCGGUCAUGGGGGUGGUCACGGUGGCGGCGGACAUGGGGGCGGUCAUGGAGGUGGUCAUGGGGGCGGUCAUGGAACCGUCGGACAUGCAGCUGGUCAGGGGGGAGGACACGGAGGCGGCGGUCAUGGAGGCGGCGGUCACGGAGGCGGCGGUCAUGGAGCUGCAGCUAAAGUUAUCAGACGUAGAACUAGAAUUGACGACGAAGAAGAUGACGAUGAUAAAUAGAAAAUACCUCAAGAAACAACGUAUACCGAGGAAUGGACUGUUAGAAGACAAUAGGAUAGACCUUUGUUCGUUGCUCAGUAUACGCUGCAUAUUACAUGAGUUAGUUUCGUCUUUGUGGCUCAGUAUAUGUUAUGUAUUUCGUGUCAGUUUUAUGUACAUAUUCUAAAGUUUUAUUUUAGCUGGGAAAAAAUGUAAACGUUAUUGAAAAUAUUUCUGUUUUAAUAAUAAUAAUAAUAAUAAUAAUAAUAAUAAUAAUAAUAAUAAUGAUUAAAUAAAUAAAUAAGUAAAUAAAUAAAUAAAUAUAGAUUUUUCAUGGUGAAAAAAGGAAAGUAUUUGUUUCAUUUAUUUUCCCUUUUUCGUGUUCAUCACAAUCAACUAUCAUUUAAGUAUUUUUAAACCUUAGUCUAUGGAUGGCAAAUGCAUUAAAACUUACUUGACUUACGUGUACUGUAUAUACAAAUACAACCCCACCCCACCUCAUGUUACCGUUUCUGACUGUAUGUUAAAUAAAUACUCAGAUUAAACAUUGUUUUGUGA